AUGAAGCAGGCAAAACAGCGCUGGGCGGCCGGGGAGCCUCCUGCUCCGCCAACGGUCCGCACCCCACCCCCCAGCAGAGUCUCUCUUUAUAGUUUAGUGGUUCCGGGCUCUAUGUGGCACAUCCUGGUAUAUUUUUUUUGCGGCUGCACGUACUGUUGCGAGGGGGUCAUCCUGGUCCCUCUGGGGGUCGUGAGAAUGAAGGUCGUAGUUUUCCUCCGCGUUGUGGAUCAGUUUCUUUUCUCAUUUGGUCAUGCUGGUCCAGCACGAAGCAGGAAGGAUUCGUGCUCGUUUGCUCAGCAGGAUGUCGAUACUCUGAGGUUUGGUUUGGUGAUUUGUCAACGUGCAUUUCAAGGCUUACAGCUAUCACAGCAGAACAUCGCUCAAGUGGUCGGUGGGGUGCAGUUGCUGAACCUUUUCUCAGGGGAGCAGUUUUCUUUCCCUGCACAUCGAUGGCUGGCCUGGGACCAGGCUGAUGGGGCAAUAUCUAUGGAGCUUCCUGUUUUACAGCGGGGUCAGCCAAUUCUUCCAGUGACUGUCUACGAAGUGCAUGUGACAACAGGAGAACUGUGGAAUGCUGGAACUGAGGCUGAUGUCUAUAUUUCUGUCCAUGGAGAAAGAGGUGACACAGGAUCAAGACAGCUGCUCAGAUCACAGAAACCCAAGAAAUUUUUAAAAGGACAAACUGACAUCUUCACUGUUGAAGCUGUGCACCUUGGACAUUUGUACAAAAUUGUUAUAGGACACAAUGGGCUUGGAUCAGGAAACGGCUGGUUUCUGGACAAAGUUGUAAUCAAGGAUCCUGUAAGAGACUUGGAUUAUACUUUUCUUUGUCACAGGUGGUUGGACCAGGGGCAGGAUGAUGGCAGUAUUGCUAGAGAACUGACUGUGACAGAUGCCAGCACGUUUCCAGGAAGACAAGAGCUGGAACUCAAGAGAGAGGAAACUUGGACUGCCGAAAAGUGGAAAUUUCAGGAAGGCAACACACUUCAGUUUUACAACAGGUUCACCCAAGGCUUCAUUUGUCUCAGUCCAGAUAGCAGAGUUGAUGCUCUUGGUGACAAGAAAAACAAAUAUGGUAAAGUAUUUUUUGUGUGGAUGUAUGUAUAAAAGAUAUGAGAAAGGAGGUCU